ACAGCUCCCAGUGGCCCUAGCUCCAGCUUACUGCUGGCUGCUCUCCUCCUGGUUUGAUCCUCCCUAGCAGCUGCCAAGCAUCACAGGAGCUGCAGCCAUGGAGAGCCUGAGCAAUGCCAACAGCAGGUUUGCACUUGAUCUCUUCCGAAAGGUUAAUGAGACGAACCCAUCAGGAAACAUUUUCUUCUCCCCUCUCAGUAUUUCUACUGCUCUGGCCAUGGUCCUCCUCGGGUCCAGAGGUAAUACAGAGACACAGGUGCUGAAGACGUUUCAUUUUGAUGAAGUUGAAAAUAUACACUCAAGAUUCCGGGCUCUGACUGCAGACAUCAACAGAAGGGAUUCUUCCUGUCUCCUACGGAUUGCCAACCGGCUUUACGGAGAGAAGUCCUACAGCUUUCUGCCGGAGUUCCUGACUAAUACUCAGAAGUCAUAUGGAGCUGAUUUGGCUGCAGUUGAUUUUCUUCAUGCUUAUGGUGAAGCCCGGAAGGAAAUUAACCAGUGGGUAGAGGAGAAAACUGAAGGUAAAAUCCCUGAUCUGCUGUCUGAAGGCUCAGUUAAUAGCAUGACCAAGCUGGUACUGGUAAAUGCUAUUUAUUUCAAAGGGAACUGGGCAGAGAAAUUUGAAGAAGCCAACACUGCUGACAUGCCAUUUCGGUUGAAUAAGAAUGAAAGAAAGACAGUGAAAAUGAUGUAUCAGAAGAAGAAGUUUCGUUUUGGGUACAUCUCCGACAUGAAAACCCGUGUUUUGGAGCUGCCCUAUGAUGAAAGAGAAUUUAGCAUGAUCAUCCUGUUGCCUGAUGACAUUGAAGAUGACUCCACUGGGCUGCAGAAGCUGGAGCAGCAGCUCACCUUAGAGAAGCUCCAGGAGUGGACACGUCCAGAGCAUCUAUAUUCCACUGAUGUCCAUGUGCAUUUGCCAAAAUUUAAGCUAGAAGAAAGCUAUGACCUUAAAUCAGAUUUAUCAGCUAUGGGCUUGUUGGACAUAUUUGACAGUGCCAAGGCUGACUUGUCAGGAAUGUCAGGGGCACACGACCUUUUCCUCUCUAAAAUUGUCCACAAGGCUUUUGUAGAAGUGAAUGAGGAAGGCACAGAAGCUGCAGCUGCUACUGCUGGCAUUGCAAUGCUUUGCAUGGUUAUAGAAGAGGAUUUCAAUGCUGACCAUCCUUUCCUUUUCUUUCUUCGCCACAACCCAACGAAAAGCAUAGUUUUCUUUGGCAGAUAUGCUUCUCCAUGAAAAAUAACCCAUCAUUUGCAAAGCAGUUUCCACUGCAAUCCACAAAUGCUUCGCUUAUGAGUAAGUUGAAUUCUGAUAUAGAAUGUUAUGGUUCCUGUCUUGAGUUCUCGGUAACUGUCACUAUGAUUCUGCAUUUCACAUUAAAACAAUUAGAUAGAAAAUGUAUUAAUAACUUUUCUUUCCCCCCCCCUGGAGAUUCUAAGUUCCUGUACUCACUAGGAAGUAACCAGAAAAAAAAAACCACAAAAAACCAAAUCUAACUGCAGGCAGAAAUCUUCUUUUGAAAUUGGACUAGCAAUAGAAAUAUUCCUGGAAGAGAUUUGAACUUCCAGGAUGCCAGAUCACCCUCUCUCUUUGUACAGAUUUCACUGUGUUUACAGCCAAGGCUGACAACCCCUGAUACAGCACAGUCAUUCCUUAUGUGUGUAUACUAGGAUGUAGUUGGAAAGUUAUUUCUUCCCUAAAGUCUCCCUCUUCAAAUAUGUAUUAAUAUCAAAAUAAAGAUAUCAACACCUCUAGGUACCAAAAGGCUUCCUCCAGAACAGCUGAGUUUACCCAGUUCUGUCACGGAGUAGAAGGUCAGAUAACAUUUGUUUAGAGACAACUAUUAAUAGACAAAGGAUUAAGCUGUUUAAAUAAAAAGUAACCCCUUCCAGACAUUAGCCAGAAGACUUGCAAUACAACUUUUAAGUGAGGAAGAGAAACUAAUGUCUUUAGGUGACAUGUCUAAAGAGAAUUCUUCAAAUACGGAAUUCGGUGCCAUUUUAGUUAUUGAACAAAAUGAACAUUUCUGCAAGUUCAGGUAUUUUCAAUAGGGAAUAGUUUCUGGCUAGAUGCUAAGUGAGCCUCAGCUUCCCAGAAGAUAACUACCUAUAACCUGCAACAAAUACUUAAUGUUUCUUUACGUACAAAAUUCAACAUUUGAGCUCUGAUGCCCACUACCUGUUUAUAGGUAACUCCUUACAUUGUACAACUGCUUUAUGCCUGAGAGCCACUACAUACUGUUAAUAUUCUCUUUGUUUCUGAAUGUUACUUUUCUGUGUUGCAUAUAUUCCGGAUACUGUUCCUUGAGUUUACCUGUACAGUCUCAGUUCUAAGUAGGGCACAGUCAUUCAUGCAAUUGUAAACUGCAUAGCAGUUCUCUCAUUAAGCACCAAAUAAAGAGAUUAUCUUCAA